GGCCGCCUCUUAUAAGCUAGUGGGAGAGCAUCAGAGAAGCGGUAGACAGAGAAGAAGAAAGCAAUGGCUUCCAACGACCCUGCAACUGAAACCAUCCUCUCAAAGAGAAACAAAGCUAUCAUUUCUGCUCUCUCCAAGCGCCUCUCUUUCGAUCCUAAAAGCUUGUCAAGUGAAACUGUCAACGGGCACGACAUCAAGAGCUUGUUCUCGAACAUUCUGCAGCUGUUGGGAGAUGGUGCCCAUCUAAAAAACAAGGAUGAGGUGAUGAAAUGGGUAGAAUUUGCAAAUGGUUUUCCUGCUGAAGCCAAAGAUUGCCACACUAUACUUAAAGGAUUUAAUGAAGGUUUGACCCCAAAAUCAGUUCUUUUGGCUGAUGGGCUCAAGCCCUCUGAGGCAGAUAUUAUUGUGUUCGCAGCACUUCAUUCUUUUGUGAGUUGUCUUUCGAAAUCGGACAUGCAAAAGCUCCCGAAUGUGGUGAGGUGGAUGGACUACAUUCAGAACAAAGAAGACUUCGGCGAAGUAUUCAAGAAGAUCUCUGUGGAGAAAACUGGCUUUGAGCCUCAUGUCCCAAAACACGUAGAUAAGUUAGAAGUGGACCCAAAUAUGAAAAAAAGUGGCCAGGGCUCAAAGAAUGUUGAAAAGGUAGAAGUGAACUUGAAUUCAAACAAGAUUGUUGCUGAGAAAAAGGCUGCAGGUGAUAAUAAAGCCUCUGAGGAGAAGAAGAAAAAACCCGAAAAAGAAUCUGUUGAGAAGGACACAGAAGCUAGUGUUAGUCUCCUCAAUAUACAGGUUGGCGUUAUUCGGAAGGCCUGGAAGCAUCCAUCUGCAGACAGUUUAUUGGUUGAGGAGAUAGACUUGGGGGAUGGGAACUUGCGUCAGGUCGUCAGUGGCCUUGCAAAGUAUUUCACUCCCGAACAGCUAACGAACCGUCAUGUGGUGCUUGUUACGAAUGUGAAGCCUGGAAAGUUACGGGAUGUUAUGUCUGCUGGACUGGUCUUAUGCGCCUCUAGUCAAGAUCAUACGGUUGUGGAGCCGUUGCUCCCUCCAAAAGGGGCCAAACUUGGGGAGCGUAUUUCAUUUUCAGGGCAUGACGGGAAGCCAGAAGAUGUUCUAAACCCCAAAAAGAAGCAGUUGGAAAAGAUCACACCGCAUCUAUACACUAAUGAGAAUGGCGUGGCAACGUAUAAGGGAAUACCAUUCAUGACAUCUGAUGGGCCAUGCACAUCUUCCAUUCCCAGUGCAAGCAUCAAGUGAGCAUGUGGACCUCUAAACCAUAGGAAUCACAACGCCCAUUUUCAUUUCCCUCGAACGAUUUUGGAUCGUGCUGAGGUGAGUAGUUUUCCAGUUUUGUUUUGGGUCAUCCGAAGGACAUAAAUAGUAGAUUUUAGCUGGCCCAUGGCCCUUUUUUCCUUUAAAAAAUGUAGUAAUUUCUCAAUCUCUUUGAUAGAAAGGAGAACAUGUGGGCCCACGGUUUGUAACAUCUGAUGUGUCAUGCCAUGAAUGUCUAGUAACCAUGGCAUGGUUACUUUCAUAACCAUGAUAUCUGAUAAAUGAGGAAUUCAUGAUCCUUUAGUGGGGCCGUGGCUCUUUUUUU